AUGCUGGGUAUGAUCGUGGAGCUCAACACCAGCACGUGCAGCUCCUCCGCCGCCGCCUCGGACUAUGCACCAAGCGACACCGCACCCCCCGCCCCGGCCCCGCCGGCUCCCGCUCCAAGCCCCCAAGCGCCUGACACGCCUGCUGCGACUGCCGCUCCGGAGUCCCCGUCUGCGGACCUAACCCCUGGGCCUCUCCGCUCCUACCGCCAGCCCACCCCGGACCUGCUCCCCCCCAUCCUCCUUAUGAGCAGCCGUAGCGUUGUUAUGCUGCUUUUCCCCGAGCAAGGAGCAGAGGUCAUCCAUGCCCCACUGAUCUCCGCAAUCUUCACCAAGCUGACUCCCUCCCUCUUCAACUACACGAUUAACAAUACCCUUGACAUCAUGGACCGGGCAGCCUUCUCCUCGUCCGCCCUUCUCGCUCUUACGAUGGACUUUCACAAGGCCUACGAACUUGUUGACAAGCCUUCCCUCCUCCAAGCCUUAUCAGUCCUAGGGCUCUCCGCGCCCUUCAUCCAUUGGGUCCGACUAAUGCACCCCGACACGUACACAUGCAUUUCGGUAAACAACAUGCUCGGCCCCACCUUCCCUGCCCGCAUCGGUGUUCCACAGGGCUGCCCACUGGCUCCCUUGCUCUUCGUUUGCAUCAUAGAGAUCUUUCAGCGCUACAUGUCCCUCUUCCUUCCCAGUUUCCCCUUGUCCUCCACACAGUGCUGCCUCAUGGCGAGCUACGCGGACGACAUCACGCUCUUCCUCAACACAGAUACAGAGCUCAUGUUGUAG